UCAGGUUUUACUGGAACUCUCUGUUUUGUCAUUUACACUUCUGACAUAUAAUUAAAAGAGUUCCGUCUACAACACUUUCACCAUCCGAUCUUUCUCCCGAAGGGGUAAUUUAGCGACAACACACGACGAACUUCCCGGUACCCUUAUUGUAGUUGCAGUAGUUUCUUGCGGACAAUAAUAAUCGUAACAUCGUAAAGAUGGCGGCCUCCAUUCUUCGGUUAGGACAAGCUAGGACUGUCAAGUGUCUUCAUCUGGAGACUUGGGCCUUCAGAAGGACAGCUCCAUCUGCAUCUUUUUGCACAAAACCAGAAGUGCCCAAGAAAGGUGGAAAAAAGAAUGUAGUUUCACCAGAGGAGAGGGCAGCACUGCUUUCCAGCAGGACCACUGUGGGCUUUCCUGCAAAGGUCUUCCCUCCCAUCUUUAUCUCACCGGAGGCAGUAGGAAAACAUUAUAUGGUAGCAGUUUCCUCUGAGGCUGUUAAUACUGAGCUAACACACAAGGCCACUGUGGAGCUUGCAGGUGCUCCCUCUGCCUCAGUGGAUGCAGACUUCUCCUCAGAAAGAGCACGGCUUUUACAGCACAGGACAUGUAUCAAUUUCCCAAAGAGGGGCCCCUGGCCAGUCCUUGAUGGCAUUCAGACUGUGUCUCCUGAUCCUGCUGUAUCUGCUGUGUGGUCCAAGACUGCUGGUUGUGAAGCAGAGAUCGAGGAGACUUCCUCCUCAUCCACCUCAGACUCAGAUUCUGACUCAGAUUCUGAUGGUGAGGAAGACAGAAUUGAAGUUCAUGUUGGUGUAAAAGGAAAGGAACCCUUGACUACAUGGCUGGCUGGAGGUGCUGUAAAGGGGAGCCCCACACCUCAUUCAACUUUAGAUGAACCCCUGGCUGAGGAGAAGAAAACUCUGGCAGACACAGAUAUUGCACAGACUGCUGGUGACGUCUCCAUCCUCUCCCAUAGAGAAAGUCACCAGGGACAGACUGAAGACACAGGCAGUUCCUUGAUGGCGGAAAGCACUGAUGAACCAGAUAAGAUAAUUGUUGUGGGAAGAUGUGGUCCCAGAUUUCCAGAGCAGCCUGGCCCCAAAGAUAUGAAACAGGGGUUAGUGCCCACAAUUCCAAAGUUUUCCAUAACUACUGAACAAGGAAUGAAGAAGCUGUCACAGAGUGAGAUCGUUUUUGACAUCCCUGUGUCUCCCCAUGAUUCUGGGACAGAAGCCAGUCCCGAAGCUAAGCCUGCAGAUACGAUUGAAGUCCUUGCAGAUCUGGCCCCAGUCACUGAGAGCACUGCUGUAGAAGGAUCAUUAGCAGAAACAAUGGCUUUAGCAGGAGCUGAAGAUGCGCAACAGGAAACUAUGACUCCCACUCCUGGAGAACCAGAGUUUGAUAACACCACUUACAAGAAUACACAGCACUAUCAGUACACCCCCUACACCUUCACUGACUACGAUGUGGAGAUGGCCAAGUACCGACUGCCACAGCCUUCGAGUGGCAGGCCCUCCCCCCGCCACUGAGGAAUGAAUGAACUUCAUAUCGGCACCUUUCUGACCGUGACUAUAUAUGUGCAAAUAAAGUCUAUAGAUUUACUCCUGUA